AGUGAUCCUGGGGCAGAAGCGGGCGUCGCCUGGUGCACAGAGGUACUGUAGGAAGUCGCCUGGGAGGCGGUGGCAAAAUGAGGCUUGGGUUAGGCAGAGAACGCGCGGGAAGCAAAGCGGGAAGAGACCGGGAGGCUCGGCCAGCUGGCCACCUGUUCGCCCUGCGAGUGCGGCUCGCGCUGAUUGGCUGGAAUGCCGCCCGGGUACCGGAAGUGGCCGAUGCUCGUCGCCCGUGACACCCAGACAACAGCUGGGGUUCUGUGAGAGCGGCGGAGCAGCGCCGGCGCCCGAGCUGAGCGAGCGUGGGGCCGUCGCGGCCAGCGAUUGUGAGAUGGGGACUGAGAACAAGAAGGUGAUUCCCAAGGAAGAAAUUUCUGAAGAAUCUCAGCCAUAUGGUCCAACAUUAGAAAAAUUUCCAAGAGUGAUUUACCAAGGUCGUGAGUUUGGAGUGGCAUGUGAAGAAGACAUGUUAGAGAGACAUUUGAAAGAGUCCUCAGAAGAGAUUAUGAAGCAGUCUCAUCAGGAGAAGGACUUUACAUCAGGGUUGAUUAUCUUUAAGAAGUCACCUUCAAGUGAGAAAGACCAGGAGAAUAGUGAGAGUGAGAGAGGUUGCAGUCCCAGCCCAAAUCUGAUGACAUAUCAGGGAGAUGCUAUUGCACAGAGGGUUAGUACCUUUGCUAUCUCUGGCCAAAACUUCAUAGAGAAUUUAGAACCUAACAAAACACAAAGGACAUCUGUGGGAGAAAAGCCUCAUACAUGUAAAGAAUGUGGGAAAGCCUUUAAUCAGAACUCACAUCUCAUCCAGCAUAUGAGAGUUCACAGUGGCGAAAAGCCCUUUGAAUGCAAAGAAUGUGGAAAGACAUUUGGAACUAACUCAAGCCUUCGAAGGCAUCUAAGAAUUCAUGCUGGAGAGAAGCCCUUUGCUUGUAAUGAAUGUGGAAAGGCUUUCAUCCAGAGUUCCCAUCUUAUCCACCAUCAUAGAAUUCAUACAGGAGAGAGACCCUAUAAAUGUGAAGAAUGUGGUAAAGCUUUCAGUCAGAAUUCAGCCCUGAUUUUACACCAGAGAAUCCACACUGGAGAGAAACCUUAUGAAUGUAAUGAAUGUGGGAAGACCUUUAGGGUUAGCUCACAGCUUAUUCAGCAUCAGAGAAUUCAUACUGAAGAAAGAUAUCAUGAGUGCAAUGAGUGUGGCAAAGCCUUCAAACAUAGCUCAGGCCUCAUUAGACACCAGAAAAUCCAUACAGGAGAAAAACCCUAUCUGUGUAAUGAAUGUGGGAAAGGUUUUGGUCAGAGUUCUGAGCUUAUCCGGCAUCAAAGAAUUCACACAGGGGAUAAACCCUAUGAAUGUAAUGAGUGUGGCAAAACUUUUGGCCAGAACUCAGAGAUUAUUAGACAUAUUAGAAUUCAUACUGGUGAGAAGCCCUAUGUAUGCAAAGAAUGUGGAAAGGCCUUUAGGGGGAAUUCAGAACUUCUUAGACAUGAGAGAAUUCACACUGGAGAGAAACCCUAUGAAUGUUUUGAGUGUGGGAAGGCUUUCAGGCGGACUUCUCAUCUCAUUGUCCACCAGAGAAUCCAUACUGGAGAGAAACCUCAUCAAUGUAAUGAGUGUGCAAGAACCUUUUGGGAUAACUCCGAGCUGCUGCUUCACCAGAAAAUUCAUAUUGGAGAGAAACCUUACGAAUGUAAUGAGUGUGACAGAACAUUCAGCCAGCAUUCCCAACUGAUUAUACAUCAGAGAAUUCACACUGGAGAGAAGCCUUAUGAAUGCCAAGAGUGUCAGAAGACCUUUAGUCGGAGCUCUCAUCUCCUCCGACAUCAGAGUGUUCACUGUAUGGAAUGUGGCCAAAACUUCAUAGAGAAUUUAGAACCUAACAAAACACAAAGGACAUCUGUGGGAGAAAAGCCUCAUACAUGUAAAGAAUGUGGGAAAGCCUUUAAUCAGAACUCACAUCUCAUCCAGCAUAUGAGAGUUCACAGUGGCGAAAAGCCCUUUGAAUGCAAAGAAUGUGGAAAGACAUUUGGAACUAACUCAAGCCUUCGAAGGCAUCUAAGAAUUCAUGCUGGAGAGAAGCCCUUUGCUUGUAAUGAAUGUGGAAAGGCUUUCAUCCAGAGUUCCCAUCUUAUCCACCAUCAUAGAAUUCAUACAGGAGAGAGACCCUAUAAAUGUGAAGAAUGUGGUAAAGCUUUCAGUCAGAAUUCAGCCCUGAUUUUACACCAGAGAAUCCACACUGGAGAGAAACCUUAUGAAUGUAAUGAAUGUGGGAAGACCUUUAGGGUUAGCUCACAGCUUAUUCAGCAUCAGAGAAUUCAUACUGAAGAAAGAUAUCAUGAGUGCAAUGAGUGUGGCAAAGCCUUCAAACAUAGCUCAGGCCUCAUUAGACACCAGAAAAUCCAUACAGGAGAAAAACCCUAUCUGUGUAAUGAAUGUGGGAAAGGUUUUGGUCAGAGUUCUGAGCUUAUCCGGCAUCAAAGAAUUCACACAGGGGAUAAACCCUAUGAAUGUAAUGAGUGUGGCAAAACUUUUGGCCAGAACUCAGAGAUUAUUAGACAUAUUAGAAUUCAUACUGGUGAGAAGCCCUAUGUAUGCAAAGAAUGUGGAAAGGCCUUUAGGGGGAAUUCAGAACUUCUUAGACAUGAGAGAAUUCACACUGGAGAGAAACCCUAUGAAUGUUUUGAGUGUGGGAAGGCUUUCAGGCGGACUUCUCAUCUCAUUGUCCACCAGAGAAUCCAUACUGGAGAGAAACCUCAUCAAUGUAAUGAGUGUGCAAGAACCUUUUGGGAUAACUCCGAGCUGCUGCUUCACCAGAAAAUUCAUAUUGGAGAGAAACCUUACGAAUGUAAUGAGUGUGACAGAACAUUCAGCCAGCAUUCCCAACUGAUUAUACAUCAGAGAAUUCACACUGGAGAGAAGCCUUAUGAAUGCCAAGAGUGUCAGAAGACCUUUAGUCGGAGCUCUCAUCUCCUCCGACAUCAGAGUGUUCACUGUAUGGAAUGAUCUACAAAACAGGAAAGCCUUUUGGGGAAAGGCUGAUGUCAGACAUUUAUUUGUUCAUAAUCUGCACCCCAAGUUCUCAGAUAAAUGAGUGGACAGAACCUCCUCUGUUCCACGGAUUUUUAUUUUAACAGUUGUUUUAAAAGGAUGAGGCACUUUUAUGAACUAUUCAUGGAGACAUUUCAGUGUACUGAGUUAAAUCAUAAAAGCUGUUUCAGCCUUAA